AUGGGCCUGCCAUCUUUAGAGAAACAGACAAGUGGUUCUCUGGAAGAUGAUUGGCUUGACUAUGACAACUUCAACUGGCACCAGACGGGCUCAAUGGCCCAAGCAAACCUUGAACUCGAGAAUACGUCUCAGAAUAUUAAUCCAGAACUGAAAAUGAGUAAUGACUUUAUGGCUGGGAUGGAUGUACACCUCGACGAAGGACAAUGGUGGGAUGAGACAACCCCGAAUCAGACACCAUUGCCCAAUGUCGAAGCCAGUGAUGACAGUGCGACGCCCAAUUUCUCACAAGAACUUACCUCGCAGGCUAUGGCUGUGAGCACUGAGACCAUCUCAGCUACAAUUGCUCUGCUUUGUCCCGGUAGCACUCCACCAACUGUGUCGUCACAGUAUGUGAACCAAGCUUUCGAUGGCACAAGAACCUUGGUACGUAUUAUCAACACCAUAUCCAUAAUCAUUUCCGGGGAGAAGGGCGAGAAUACUUCAGAAGGUGUCUCGGGCUAUGGCAUUGGAGGGCUGGCUCUCACAACCCUUGCCUGCCACCAGUAUCUUCUGGAUCUUUUCAAGGCAAUUUGCAAAUCUAUAGAACAUUGUAUCGAUGAAAAGUCGAGGGAAAAGACUGCCUUUGAAGUCAACCAUAGUAGCUCGCUGAUAGCGGACCCAGCUCCUUCCUCAGCGCAGUUUACGAUGGUCCUUCAAUUGUUGGUACAUCUUAUCAACCGGCUGGACAGGUGUCUCUUCUCAGGUGUACAAACAAUACCGAGUCCCAAUGCCUAUCAAGGUGUCAUGGAUCUGACGCCCAUGGAGAAGAGUGCAGAUGAACUUGGAUCCGAUAAAACAAGCAUUCCUGGUUACGCACAGGGAUCGAUUACAGGGUUAUCACAGGAGCAUCAUAGACUGCGCCAAUCAUUUCUCAGCUGCAGGGGCAGAUGGACACGCUGGAGGAGAUUUGAUUAG